AUGUUGAGAGGUGGGCGCGGUGGCCGUCACAGUCCAGAGCUGUACCCUCACACACUCAAGUGUUCAAACGCCAGUGACACAAGCUCCGCGUACAGUGGCAGCGACACCAUGACUUCAGUACACAGCUCUUUGGAUAUGGAUAUGGAGGUAGAUCUGUCUGGCCUCCUCGAGUCUAUAGUAGACUCCGAGGAGGAAGAAGAUUUAGAGGAGAGUAUGGACAGCCUGACUGUACGGGACGCUGUAAGAGAAUGCCUUGAGAAAGAUCCAAGUGAAAGAACAGAUGAGGAUAUAGAAAUUCUUCUAGAAUUUACUCAACACUUAAAAGCAUUCACGAACAUGACUUUAACAGUAAGGAGGGCACUGUGUGCCGUUAUGGUUUUUGCUGUUGUCGAAAAAGCUGAGACGGUCGUUAUGAAUGAUGGUGAAGAACAUGACUCAUGGUCCGUUCUUAUCAAUGGCCAAGUUGGUAUCGAGCAUCAAAAUGGAGACAUUGAGUACCUGAAUGUAGGUGAUAGUUUUGGUAUGGCAGAAGCUACUUUGGAGAAACUAUAUCACAGAGGGAUUAUGACUACUAGAUGUGAUGAUUGCCAAUUUGUUUGCGUUACUCAAACAGAUUAUUACCGUAUUUUACAUCAAGGCGAAGAGAACAUCAAAAGGCAUGAGAAUGAAAAUGGUGUGAUAGUUCUUGUAACGGAAUAUAGAGGGGCAGCAGGGGAUUCUGGUCAUCAACAAGGCCAUGUAGUCAUAAGAGGGACACCGGAACAUUUGAUGCUACAACUUAUUGAAGACAACUCACGCGAUUCCACAUACGUUGAAGAUUUCUUAUUAACGCACAGAACUUUUAUAGAGAGCCCACUGGUUGUGGCCAAACAGUUGCUUGCCUGGUUUUCGGAACCGUCAGUACGUGACAAAGUAACGAGAGUUGUACUUCUCUGGGUGAAUAACCAUUUCACAGACUUUGAAACAGACCCAAACAUGAUGGAGUUUCUGGAAAACUUUGAAAUGGCUUUGGAACAAGAAAAAAUGGAAUCACAGUUAAGAUUGUUAAAUAUUGCCUGUUCGGCGAAAGCAAGGACCAGGAGUGUGACUUUGUCUCGUCCAACGAGAGAUGAGCCUUUAUAUUUUUCUAUAUUGGGAGGAUAUGAAAGGGGAUAUGGAAUUUUUGUUUUGAAAGUUGAAAAACAUUCGAAAGCUGAAGACGUAGGUUUGAAACGUGGAGAUCAAAUAUUGGAAGUUAAUUGUCAAUCAUUUCAACAUGUAAGUCAUGCAAAAGCCAUGGAAAUAAUUACGGGUUCCACACAUUUGAGCAUUACAGUUAAGAGUAAUCUAUUAGCAUUUAAACAGAUGAUGUUAAUGCCAGAAAACUCUCCGCGACAAAGAGGGGGCGCAAAUAUGGUCCGCUGGCAAACGGACCCCAGAGCUAGAUUGUCAACAGCAGAACUCCUUAGUGAUGACCCUAUCACAUUGACACCGAUGUUCCAAUCUCCAACCAAAAAACCGCAACAAAUGAAUAUCAAAAAAGAGCCCCAAAAAGGUUUUAUGACAUUGGGUCCUAAAAGGAGAUUGCAAAAAGCUUUGAUGAAAAUGAACAUACUUCCUAAAAAUACUAUCAAUGAUGGCAUUCAUAAUGAUGAUAGUGUUCUUUCACAUUCUGAGUCAUUGCACAAACCUAAUUCCAGUACAUCAUUCUAUAACUCACACAGCAACCCAGAUCUCAUAUCAAUAUGUUAUGAUGAAUACCAAUCAUCAGACUAUCCUGAACAUGUACUAAAAGUGUAUAGAGCUGAUCAAACAUGCAAAUACUUGUUAGUACACAAGGAGACAACUGCUAGAGAAGUCGUCAUGCUUACUCUACAAGAGUUCGGUAUAACCGAUCCUAGUUCAAAUUUUUCCUUAUGUGAAGUAUCUGUAGCGCAAGGCGGCAUAAUAAAACAACAUCGCCUACCAGAUCAGUUGCAAAAUCUCGCUGAGCGUAUUGGACUGAGUUCGAGGUACUAUUUGAAGACAAACGGCGUAAGUGAAACAUUAGUGCCAGACGAAAUGGCACCAGAGCUUUUAAGGGAAAGUGUUGUACAUUUCUUACAACUGAAUGCUGUUGAAGUUGCUGUGCAAUUAACCUUACAGGAUUUCUGUAUAUUCCGACAAAUUGAAAGCACCGAAUAUGUUGACGAUUUGUUUGAUUUAAAAAGUAGGUAUGGAACACCCAUGUUAUCUCAGUUUGCUGGCUUGGUUAACAAAGAAAUGUUCUGGGUCGUGACAGAAGUUGUCAAUGAACAAAAUAUUGUGAGAAGAUCUAAAAUUAUAAAACAGUUCAUUAAAGUAGCUCGUCAUUGCAAAGAGUGUAAGAAUUUCAAUUCUAUGUUCGCUAUCAUAUCUGGAUUGGGACAUGGAGCUGUAUCUAGAUUAAGAAUGACUUGGGAAAAAUUACCCACGAAAUAUAACAAGCUGUUCUCUGACCUUCAAAUGCUGAUGGAUCCUUCCAGAAAUAUGUCAAAAUAUCGUCAGUUAGUAACGAUAGAACAAGGAAGAUCGCCAGUGAUACCCUUCUAUCCAGUUGUUAGAAAAGAUUUAACAUUCAUUCAUCUCGGUAACGAUACGAAAGUGGAAGGGAUGGUUAAUUUUGAAAAGUUGCGCAUGAUUGCUAAGGAGGUACGAACUCUAACCAACAUGUGCAGUUCGCCAUAUGAUCUCCUCACACUGCUAGAACUAGGGAAACAACCACCGUCUAACGCUAUGGUAGCUUUAAAUCAACUUACAACUGGAGUCCAACAAGGACAGGUGACAGUUAAAAGAAGGAAGAAAUCUUCCAACGUUCCUAACCCGAAGAAGAUGUUUGAAGAAGCACAGAUGGUCCGGAGAGUGAAAGCAUAUCUAAAUAGAAUGCAUGUAGAAACAGAUGAAGAACGUCUUCAUGCAUUGUCUCUAGAGUGUGAGGGUUCCGGACCGGCUCCAACUAUGCCGCGGCGACGGCAUCCUUCGCCUUCCCUUUCCACAACCAGUAGCGCUUCAUCGGCAAGCGAGAGUAAGAAGAGUUUCGCCGGGAAUAAGUUUGGAGCAGCUUCCCCGCAGGCUGUACGAAAGCUACUUGCUUUAUCUGAGCCUGCUAAGACCAGACCUCAUCAACCCAGGCCACCUCCGCCGGGGCCGUCUCCGUGUUCGCAACGUAGGGACGGUCACCCCGGGCCCGGUAUAUGUUGUUCCCGUGCAGCGCACGAGAGAUCGCACUCGGAUACUCCGACGCCAUUGCCCGUGGACUUGUCGGCGGAGAGCAGCAGUGUGACGUCAUUAGUAAACUUGCCAUUACGAAAGACCGGUUCAGCUACAUCCAGCGACAGCGGCCACGGGUCAUGUACGACGGCUAACUGCGUCCGGCCGCUGCCACCAAUACCGAGGAUGCCGUACACCCUCGCCGCACAGGUCGCCCGUCUGGAACGACUCAGCCGUGCGCACUCACACGAGGGUGUCACCCGCUCGUACGACUACUACCACGAUGCUCCAGACGACGAGGAUGACGACCAGCAGGUGUCCGCUGUUUAA